AUGGGCGACGCAUCGACCUCUGCCGCUGUACUCGCACCUCGAACAGAUCCCCCACCCGUCCAAGCGGGUCUUCCCUCUGUUCACCCAACCGCCUCGUUCUGGCAAACGUCUCAUCCAAACCCCCUUACCCACCACCGCUCUACACCAGAUCUCCCUGUUCGCGCAGAUGUCGUGGUCAUUGGAACUGGCAUCUCCGGGACAUUUGCGGUCGAUCAGUUGCUCGGCGAACUGGAGUCAUCCACUGAUUUAGGACCGGCACCCGUAGAUGUCUUGGUGCUUGAAGCAAGGACCUUGUGCUCGGCUGCGACCGGUCGAAAUGGCGGCCACCUUCAACCAGUCGUCCACGCCGCGCCGGCAAGCAUUCUCGAAUUCGAGAUGAAAAACUUUGACCACAUUUCGAAUAUCGUGCAGUCUAGCAGGAUCCCAUGCGAUUUCCGCCGUCUCUCGGGCUGUCUCGGAUUCUGGAACGAGACAUAUUUCGAGGAGGCGAAGAGAGAUCUCUCGCUGGCGGGCGCAAAGCACGCUGAACUAGUCAGGGUGGUGGAAGACCCCGAGCAACUGAGGAAGCUAAGGUUGCAAGGCGGUGUCAAGGGAGCCAUCGUGCAGAGCGUAGCCGCGAGCUUGAGUCCUUACAAGCUCUGCGUGAGUAUAUGGCAAAAGAUGCUCAGCAGGUUCGAGACACAGCACCAACGCAGUGUGGACGGAGAGACCAAACAAGUCGCCCAAGCGGUGAAGGUGACCUUGAAUCUCCAGACGAUCACACCCGUCACGUCACUCGACACUACCGACAACGUCGUCGACCAUGACGGACACAAUAGAUGGAAACUGAACACCCCUCGCGGCUCCGUCCACGCCAGGUCCGUCAUCCUCGCUACAAAUGGCUACACGUCACACCUCCUCCCCGAGUUCGCGCCCUUGAUCCGGCCUGUGCAGGCGCAGAUGUCUGCGCUGAUACCUCCGCCCGUCUCGGCGCCAGAUCGUGACCGAGCAAGAAAAAGAAGGCUCGUCCCCAUGAGCUACGGCUUCGAGGGUGUAGGCACAAUGGACCGCGUCAUGUCGGACUAUCUGGUCCAGAACCCCUUCGUCUCUCGCACAGCAUCAGCGGAACAGACGAACGCGGCCUCGAAUACCAAUGACAUAGGAGAAGGCGGCCACCUCAUGUUCGGCGGCGGACGACACCUGGCAUUCAACCACGGCGAACAGUGCUGGGACGACGACUUUGUAGACGAGAACGUAGAGAAAUAUCUACGCACUCUUCCCGAGAGACUGAAUCUGGUCGCUGACUCUGACGCUAACACUGACAAUGACAGUCACUCUUACACCGAUCACCACCACGACGAGAACGAUGACCUGACCCCUCAGCACCCGACUUUAGACAUAGCGGCAUCCUGGACCGGAAUCAUCGGCCACUCCGCCGACGGACGGCCCUGGGUCGGCCCAGUCCCAGAUCGGCCAGGCAUUUUCCUGUGUGGCGGGUACACCGGGCACGGCAUGACCAACGCGCCUCUCUGCGGACGGUACAUCGCGCGAGUUGCUCUGGAGGACCUCCGACCGCAGCACGCAGGCCAGGCCACGGGACCGGCGCCAGGGGACGGAAGUGGAAAUAUAGACUCGCAACUGGAAUUGGACGUCGAUAUGCAUGUGCCAAUGGCGUAUCUGAUCAGCCGGGAGAGAAUGGAGACUCUAUCACGUCGAGACUGA